CGUGCAGGUGUGGAACAAUGUUACAUGGUCUAUUAUUGUGAAAAAUAUUUUUAAAUUAAAGUAUGAAAAAGAUAAAAAAUCAAUUGUCAUAGUAAAUUGUAAGAAUGCCUCGAGAAAUGGAUAUUGUGGAAGUGGACGAACCGCGGAGUGUUAACAAAGAGUUCUAUCCUUUUUAUCUGAUUAAAAGAAGGAGUAGCGUAUACAGAAGUAGGUCUAGCUUGCAAAGUUUACAGUUAAGAAACAAGGUGCGUUUGGUUCGCCGACUCGUGCGCAAGAGCGGUAGGUCGUCCAUCCACCAGAAAAGCUCGUCGCGUAGGUCAUAUCACUUUCUGCUCGAUAUGUCCAAUACGCUCAUAGAGAGCUCCUGGACGUGGACACUACUGGUGCUCUCUCUUAGUUUCAUUGUGACGUGGCUCGUGUUUGCAGGAUUCUGGGCAAUUAUCAACAUUGAGGAUGCCGAGAUACAUGGUUAUAACGGAACGGAAACUUGCCUUGGCGGCAUCAAUAGUUUCGCCGGUUACUUACUCUUUAGUAUCGAAACUCAAACGUCAAUCGGAUACGGCGGUCGUUACAUCACCGAGUAUUGUCCGGAAGCAGUGACAAUACUUUGCAUUCAACUGAUAGUCGGAAUCGGUAUUGGCGGCACUUUAACUUGUGUCGUUUACUUAAAAAUGGAAGGUCCGUUGAGAAAUCUACACUCGCUGGUGUGUUUUAGUAAAAAAGCCGUGAUUUGUCAACGAGAUGGUGCACUUUGUUUGAUAUUCCGAGUGAGAGACUGCGACAAAAGGCACGAGGCACAAAACAAAAUCGUGGCCUAUGUGGUAGAAAAUCACGCGAGAGAGCUGUCUUUGAAACUUCUUACACUCCAGCCGACCGGAAUUUUGAUCUGGCCGAUAGAUGUUGUACACAAAAUAGAUCGGUUCAGUCCGUUUUGGGAUAUAUCCGCAAAGGAUUUGAUGGUGAAAAGGUUCGAAAUCAUCGUAGUCAUGGAAGGUUCAUCCCUAGCCACUUCCUACAUGUCUAGGACAACCACCUCGUACCUGAGCAGGGAAGUAAAGUGGGGUCACAAGUUCAGACAGUGUACAACGUUCGACAAAAGACUGAGAAAAUACAAAGUGAACCACGACCUGUUCCAUAGGACAGAAGAGGUAGUCACGCCACUAUGUAGCGCCAAAAGACUUUACGAAGUAUACGACGACGUGCUAACGAUAACCUCGCCGAGUACCAGCGUAUACGAGAGUUCCAAAUACUCAAGCCCCGUGUUGUUGAACAAGGAGUUGCGCGACGGAGAUGGCACAGAAGACGAGGGUGGCCAGCAAGUUAUCACUUCCGUUCAAAUUCAUAGGGAAGAUAAUAUUUCCAACUGCUCGUCGGAUGAAGAGCCCGACGCCGCAUUUAUGGAGUUAAGUGACGAUAGUUUGACGGACCUGUCCGCCGUACGGCGCAGUGACCGAUCGGGGGUUGCGCAGAAUUUACUGAAUAGUUUGCAAAAGUUUGUGCCGGCUAACGUGAGAAAAAGUUGGGAUAAAAAUUACAAAGAAACUGCUUUUUAAUUUCGACAUUUUAUUUCACACGCUUGUAAUGCAUUAAGAAGGUAACAUGUUUUACUAACAUCUAAGCAAAAUGGAUAACCUUGUGAGGUGGAAAAGAAAUUCAAGUAACCAGAUACGUUAUCACACGUUUUUCUUUUUUGUUUGCGAAACUUCGAUGUGAUCAGAAUGAAGUCGAAGAAACGUCGAAUAUCUGCGAGUUAAUAUAGAAAUAUUUUCUUUCUAUCGUUGUUAGAUCCUUAACUUUUGAAUUGUUAGGUUUCGUCCAGGAAAGACGUGUUUUUUUGUGUUGCUUAUCACUUAUUUAAGAUUUAAUAUUUGCUUGUAGAUGUAAUACCAAUGGAUAGUUUAGAUUCUAAGAAAAUACCUUUUUUGACUUAUGGCAAUGACAUUAAAAAAAAAACUAUUCUUCCUGGGUCGGUUGUCGAUGAACCGAACUUGUUGAUGUUUCGCCCAUCAUUCUGUUCAUUUCUUCAGAUCUUAAUUGAAACUGGUUUGCAUUCUACCCUCUACCUGUUUAUAUACUGGUUGAGGGAGGCGGAGCUAAAGGAGGGGCAUUAACAUUUUCUCGAAUGACUGACUCCCAUAUUGGUGAAAAGUAAAGACCUAUGAUUCUCGGAUUUUUUAUUUAUGAAAAUGGACAUAUAUAUUCUAUAUUUAAAAGUUUCAUUUUUGAAAACUGCACAAGUCUACAACCGACCAUGCAGGCCGUAGUUUCCGUUCUACCGCAUAUGUAUAGCCUCGAGACUAUCGCCAAACGCUCCCGCAUGAAUGUACGUGUGUGCUGACGAGUUUAUUUGUCGUAGUUUUCAGGCUCUUUCAUGUUCUUUUAGCCUAGUUGAUAUUUUUCGUUAAGUCUCCAACAUUCUCUGUAUAUUGUCAAUUUUGUUUUUAUAGAUAUUUGAUUGGCCAAAGUAAAGGAUUCAAAACUCGUACCUGUCCCAGCUGUAUUCUAGGUUGAAUGUCUUGUACACUGUGUGCCAAAUAAAACGAUCCACUAUCCUGUAUUAUACUAUACGAUCUGGAAACUCAUACGAGAUACAAAGAAAAGUUUCGUACAAAAGUUUCUUGGACUCUCCUGAAGAUUUAAAAUAUAAAUUUGUUAAUACAGGGUGUCCCAAAACAAGACUUUAUAAGGGUGUUAUCUUAAACCUCGAAAAUUUCAAAAAGUAAGUAAAAUUUAAAUAUAAGAUAAAUUACCUUACCUUAUUUUUUGUCCUACAAUUAAUAUCUGAAUAAAAAUAUAGGGUGUUCGAUUUGAAAAUUUUGAGAUUUUGUUAAUUGAAUUAGCCAAAACGACAUCACUUAUUUGGGACGACCUGUAUAAGCUGAUUGAGUAGUGCAUCAUCUCCUUAGUUGGUGGUUAAAUUUUCGUUGCAAUACCUGGAUUAGUAGCGUCACAACACAAUUUUAUAUGGGGCAAUCAAAAUAUGAAAAAAAAACAGAUAGCCUCAAUUUCUGCCUAAACUAUGCAAAAUUCGAAUAGGAAUUUUUUAAGAGAGUGACCGUUAUUUUAACCAAGAAUUCAAAAAAUGACGAAAUAUACAGGGUGUUUCGUUUAAAAUAACAAAUAUUAUGUCGGUGGGGACAUUUUUGGGAAACCCUGUAUCAACAAAAUUAUAAUAUUUUAAAUCUUCAGGAGAGCUCAAGAAACUUUCGUACGAAACUUUUUUUCGUAUCUCCUAUAGUGGAUCGUUUUAUUUGGCACAAAUGACAUACAACCCAGAAUACAACUGGAACAGGUCAGACUAUCAAGGUAUUCCGCUAUCCUUUCGGUAUUUCGGUAUACUCUUCGCAUUAAUUAACCUGUCUUAACCACAACUCUGGAUCUUCGUAUUCUUUUUAGCUAUUCUUAAGUAUUCUGCUUUGGAGCUGUUCAUUUUCAUUUUUAUUCAUCCUUUCCUUAACAUAUAAUCUAUAUACUCUUCACCAUUUGCAAUUAGUACCUGAUCAUCACCAAAGAAUAAUGUUGACAAGUAGGGAUCGCCAACCUUAAUUCCCAUACCUGGACUCUAUUUUUGUAGUAUUUCUUGUAUAAAAAGGUAGGAGAAAAGCAACCUCCCUUUUUAAGACCCUUUGUCACCCGAAAUGGUUUUGACAAGGUGUCUGUUUUUAACAUUAUAUUUCUUAGGAACUAUUUGCUCAAUAAUGUUUUGAAUAUAAGAAAGGACUACAGUGGCAAGUGUGAGAUUGCUUUCGUGAUAUUUUUUUUAUUUUAUAAUAAUAGAACGCUUAAUAUCUAAAAUGUGGCAAUUAUUUGGGAGAAGAGCAGACGUUAGGUGUUUUAGUUCUUGUUCCAGUAAUUCAGGUUGCGAUAGCUUUACGGCUCUACAUACAAGAGAGUUGAUAAGAUAAUAGGUUGAUUAGGAUGACUUCUGGACCGCGUAGGUUUUCUGUAAACAUAAUGACCCAAUGUUAGGUCUGAUUUUUAAUUUAUAAAAAUAUCGAAAAUGUAUGCUAGGGUAUAUAGAGUUUAAAUGGUCAAGAAAAUGUAGGAAGAAUUUUGAACUACGAGACCAAGUAAGAAAAUUAUCAUCAACGUAGCGUCUUCAUAGUUUUGGUUUUAGAUGGAAAGUGCUUUCAUAGAUAUAUUUGCGAUGACCCAGAGCUGUUCAUAAAUUUGACCGUUACAAGCAAAACAUGUUCGAGAUAAGCAUUUUUCAAUUAAAAUGGAAAGAUUUGAUUUCAGAUUUUUGGAUUUUAUUAUAUCUGAAAUUAUGUGUAGAGUUUCAGGACUUAACAUCGAAACUAACAAGAUAUCGUUGUAAUGUAAUGGUUUUUAAUUGUUAAAUGAAGUGUACGAAAUCAUCAGUUUUGCCUCUAAAGGGUUUUAAUAGAGAAACUAGAUAUUUUGCUAGAGAAUAGGCUGGAGAACCAAUGUUGCUAACAAUUAGUGGAAUGAUUAUUACUGGUUUGUGAAUCUCAGGGAAUCCGCAGAAACGAUGAAUUUAAGAGUCGUGAGAGGUGACAGAUUUUUUCACGGAUUCAAAAUAAAGUUUAAUAGCAGAUUUAAAGUUGCAUUGAGUAAACGAUAGGAUCUGUUUGUAAGAAUAUCUUGAAUUUUUUCAGUUGUGUGGGUGACUACCGUAGCAUUUCUUUAAUUUGCUUUUGUAAUGUUUAAAUUAGAUUUUAGAAUGUUAAAACCAGGUUGUCCAAAAAUCUCAAGUUCUCAAGCAUUUCAAAAAUAAUGCAUUGGAGAGGAAAAAUAGCAACUGGGCUAAAAGAUC